UCAGUGAAUGUGACCUUUAAGAAUCUUCCACAGAGUGUAACCAAGGGUCUCUUUUUUACUAGAGGACGUACAGUUUGCCCCGUAAUGAUGCGGUGUCGGGGUCUCUACUUGCUCUACACGCUCUCCUGGAUACUAGUGAUGAACACACUGUGUGUGACAUCUAAAUGUGGUGCAGGUACAAGAAACAACAAUAAUCGUUGUGUGCCCUGUGAAAAGGGUAAAUUCAGAAACGAAGGCCACUCGUUGGAUGAUCACUGUAGAGUUUGUUCUAUAUGUGGAUAUGGUACAAAAGAAAAGUCUCCUUGUACAGUGGUCAGUGAUACUGAAUGUGAAUGCCUUGAAGGAUUCACUCGUCGUCCUAAAAAUAAAAAUACAUGCGAUUGUGGCAAAGGAUCAGGAGUUGAUUCUACAGGGAAAAGAUGUUUGACAUGUGAGGAUGGGUUCUUAAGCGUUAAAACUGAUGGCAUAAUGAAGUGUCAAAAAUGGAAAGAUUGUGGGUCACUAGGUGUUAAGUUCAAAGGCAGUGCUUCUUCUGAUGUUACUUGCGCCACUGCUACUGAAGUGACAGACACUGGGGUCCCUUCCUCAUCCCCAAGUCUCACAACAAAGACAGUUAUCCCUGCCACCAUCAUGGCAACAGCUACCUCAAUGAAUCAAUACAGCAUUCACACUCAAGAAAUCACAUCCUUGAGUGUCCCAUCUUUUGUCUCUAGACAGUCAAUGACUACCUCAGCACCGUCAGCAUCAGCUGAACAUUAUUACAGUGGCAUGGUUGCACUUCUCUUCACUGCGUUUAUCCUGCUGAUCAUCUGUUUUGCGCUGAUUUUCAAGUUGGCUGCAGGACUGUGUUUGAAGCAAUUGAAGAAACCGAUUGCCCGAGCAGACACUGUGUGUAGAAGACCAGUGGAGGAGAGUGGAGAUAAGAGCUGCUCCUCUCUAGUCAGCUCCACUGAAUCAUCACAUAUGCUUGAGGAUGUGUAGCUAGGAUUCAGCACAUUGCCCCCCACCCCUCCUCUGAUUUGGUACACGGUUGUCUGCUGCUUUGUCUGAUAGGAAUAAUGUUAUGAAUGAAGUUGGUGAAUGCUGAGACCACAACAAUGGAAAUGUGUUACUCUGGGGCCCCCCUAUGAAAACAAGUGAAAGCAAACCAAACAAACUACUACUACAGAGGGGUGUGACCUGUUUUGUUUGAUAUUUUCAGUUUGUCUCAAGUAUAAUGUUAAUACCACUUACCAAUGUAGAUUACAUGGAAAAUAUGGGGAUCACAUUUGAUCCAAGGUGUAGAUCUAUAGAUCAUUCUACGAUACAGUUAAAUGCAAUGACUUUACUAACUUUUCGUCAUCUGUCUUUUUUUGAAAAAAUACCAUGGGGCCUUUGACAUGUCUGAGAUUUUUUUUUUUCAAGCUCUUUGUUUGAUCUGCCUGUGUGCUCAUAUGCCCACAUAAGUUUAAGUGAUGUAUGGUUCUUUUGUAAGGAGCCUUUGAAAAGAUUAGUAAUUAUGUUAAUGUUUGUGAUUUCAUGUUCAUGAUUAAGUCAGUCCAUUUUUAUGCAUUUUGAUUAUAAUCUUUGUCAAUCCCAAUUGUGUGAAAAUUAAUUUUAGUAAAUACCUAUAGGAAAAAGCUGUUAAUGACUCCACACAGUUUUCAAUGCAUGACAGCACAUUAUGUAUGCACAGUGGAACUCCACAUGAGGUCAGGCUAUUGGGUACAAUUUGUUCCCCUAAACGCAGAACACUGCCUUCGCAGGGCCCCACACAGUGUAGAUGCAGCAUUUAGCUUGCAGAGAGAGUGAGACAGGUUUCAGCUCUCGGUUUAAUAAUAGGGAUUUCCCCCUCCCGCUGGAAACAACCAUGGCGGCCCUCUUUUUCCUGUGCUUCUGUGAAAUCACGUUGACACCUGACAACAACCUUAAACUGUGACCCAACAGAAUGAGAGAUAGAAUGAAGACUUUGUUUUUGAUGUGAA